AUGUUGAAAGAGAAAGAAAUAAUGGAUAAUGAGAAGAAACAAAGUGAAACUGUGACUGUAAAGGAAAUUCAAUUAGAUGAUACCAAGAACAGUGACACAUCAUCAGAAACAUCUUCUACUGACAAACCAAGAAAACCAGACAGUUUGAGCAGGGCUUCCAAGAGAAGAAAUCGUUCUUUGAAUUCAACGGGACUUGCCAAUGCUGCUAAAAGGAAAAGGCAGACAAGAUCGUCUGCAGGAAGUGAGAGAAGCCGUCGUUCAAGAUCAAGAUCAAAUAUUCCAGAGUUGAAACCCCAGGAACUCACUGUACCUGUAACACCACAAUGCCUGAAGCGUCAGAAAACCAACAAGCCUACAAUGAUCAAACUGAAAACAACCGAAGAACUUGAGAUGGAAUGCAUUGCUAAGCUUCGCAAGCAAACCAAGAACCACAUCAAAGCAAAUGAGAACAUGAUGAAAAAAGCAUUUUCAUGUACCUCGGUUAAGCCAGUAAAAACAAAUUGCAUUAGUCUAACACAACCACAGGAGUUUAAUUUUCAAACUGAAAGAAGGAUAAAGCAAAAUCCAGAAAUAUCAAACCAAUCAUCAGACACAGUUAGUGAAGAUGUUGAAAAGGGAUUUUGGAACAGUUUAAGACAACAUCCACCUUCACCGACAUGGAAAAAUCGUAAUGUAACAAUACCAAAGCCUUUCAAUCUGAGUAAUGGUGGACAAAAGAAACGCAAACAUGCGACAAUGGAGAAAGACGCCGGUGUAGAGAGUGAUUCAUACGUUCCCGUAGCUCUUCAAGUUUACAAGUUUCAAACUUCAACGCCUCCAAGAUUUCAUACUAAGGCAGCAAACGAUAAAAACAUGCCCUGUGCAAACAACCCAGAAGACAGUAAUGACAAUACGGUUGUAACGAAGACAAAAUCGCUUACCGUCCCGAAGACACCGAAUCUGAGCACCAAGACGCGUUCACGUCCCGUUGAUUCCGCUCCUCUAAAAUUCGUCCCGUUGUCACUGAACAACUCAUUCGGCGGUCCGCGUCGACUGACGAACCUACAUACGGCUUGA